CGUUUCGUGUGUGCGUGUGUGGGCGAUUGGGUGGACGACGAGAGGGUGUGUUCGGUCGGUUGGCUUCGCAGUUUUUGUUGUUGUUGCAGUCGGCACCUUUAAGUAUUAAACUAAUUAUGUGCAAAAGCAUAGCCGUUAUUGAUAACGAAAGCAAUGGCACGAUGAAGAGAUUCGAAUUAUAAAUCGUUUAAGUUUUAUUAUAAUUGAUUCUAAACAACGUGUUCCUAAGCAAAACGCAGCACAAUUAAAUUUUAAUAGUGAAUAAUCAUAGAGUUGAAGGAGCCAAUCAGAAAUGGCACUAUCAUUAUUUUCUGCGAUCCUGGGCCUCUACAUUCUGCAUGUCUCUUUAGCUCUCAUCAUACUUAAUAAGGACGUUUCAACAUCGCGUGGUAUGCUGUAUCCUCGGGACUCUGAAACGCGUGAGGUCCGCAGCCUUGAUGGCAUGUGGAACUUCGUUCCCUCCGAUGAGACAAACCCAACACAGGGCAUUAGGGAUCAAUGGUAUAAGGAUGAUUUGAACAAGGUGCGUGAGGUUAUUGGGAUGCCAGUGCCGGCCUCGUAUAACGAUAUCACCACCGAGCAAUCGUUGAGGGAUCACGUAGGCACCGUCUGGUAUGAUCGCAAGUUCUUUGUGCCGCGCUCUUGGGCUAAAGAUCAACGUGUCUGGUUACGUUUUGGCAGCGUUCACUACGAAGCGUUUGUGUGGGUAAACGGAGAGCUAGCCGUCAAACACGAAAUGGGUCAUUUACCUUUUGAAGCAGAGGUAACGCACUUGCUGAAGUACGGGUCUGAGAAUCGCAUAACCGUGAUGUGCGACAAUGCGCUGAUUCAGACCACAGUGCCACAGGGCAAGAUCUCGGAAGUGGCCAACGAUAAUGGAGUAAGCAUUGUACAAAGCUAUUCCUUCGACUUCUUCAAUUACGCGGGCAUACAUCGGUCGGUGCAUUUAUAUACCACGCCCAAGACCUUCAUUGAAGAGGUGGAAAUCAACACUGAUCUGGCCAAUGACAAUAGUUUGGGCUAUGUCUACUACACGAUAAGUGUGAAUGGAAGCGCCGCCAAUGAGGCAGAUAAUGCUCUAUAUGCACGAGUGCAGCUGUAUAAUCGCGAGGGCGAGCAGGUGGCCAAUGCCACCUCGGAUGCAAAGCUGUCGGGGAUGCUGCAAGUGGAGAAAGUAAAACCUUGGUGGCCGUACCUAAUGCAUCCAGAUCCGGGAUAUCUCUAUGAGCUCGAAAUAGAAUUGCACGCAGCCAACGAGGAACUGCUUGAUGUCUACCGAUUGAAUGUGGGCAUAAGGACGUUGAGUUGGACAAACACAACAUUCAAUAUUAAUGGUAAGCCGGUGUACUUUCGCGGCUUCGGACGACACGAAGAUGCAGAUGUGCGAGGCAAAGGGUUGGACUAUGCAUUGCUCACCCGCGACUUUAAUUUGCUGAGAUGGAUUGGGGCGAAUGCCUAUCGCACAUCGCACUAUCCGUACUCCGAGGAGUCUAUGCAGUUUGCCGAUCGUCAUGGCAUAAUGAUCAUCGAUGAGUGUCCCAGCGUGGAUACAGAGAACUAUAAUCAGGCCUUACUUGGCAAGCACAAGUCGUCACUGGAGCAGCUCAUACAUCGGGACCGCAACCAUCCUAGUGUGGUCAUGUGGUCGAUCGCCAAUGAGCCGCGAACACAACAGAUGAAUGCGGACACUUACUUUCAGUUUGUGGCUACUUUUACGCGCUCCUUGGACAGCACCAGACCAAUAACGGCGGCCAUUGCUGUGCCUUCUUCAGAAGAUAAGGCAGCACGUUAUCUGGAUAUUGUGAGCUUUAAUCGGUACAAUGCUUGGUACAGUAAUCCUGGGCGGCUGGAUAUGAUUACGAAGCGCGUAAUAGAUGAGGCUACAGCCUGGCACAAAAAGUGUAAUAAGCCCGUUAUUAUGUCAGAGUACGGCGCUGAUACGCUAGAAGGUCUGCAUCUGCAACCGUCCUAUGUGUGGUCGGAAGAGUACCAAACGGAUCUGUUUUCGCGCCACUUUAAGGCCUUUGAUGCGCUGCGACGCCAAAAGUGGUUUAUCGGCGAGUUUGUGUGGAACUUUGCUGACUUCAAGACGGCCCAGACUUACACACGUGUCGCCGGAAACAAGAAAGGAGUAUUUACGCGUGCGCGGCAGCCCAAAGCCGUAGCGCAUCUACUGAGAAAGCGAUAUUUUGCGUUGGGUCGGGAGAUGGAUCAAUGCAGUUUUCCAGAUGAUCUGUUCACUUAUAUUGCCGAGCCAAGUGAAAGCGGCAAACACGAUUCCACAGACUUAUAGAGACAGUUGAUAGCUUCUUUUGCCGACCACUUAAAGUGACAAGAAGAGAGUACAACCGGUUUAUACAUACUGAUACGUCAUUUUUGUAAAUAUGUAUUUUUAUCUUUUAUGUUACGAGCCAAAGCUCAACAGACCGAAUGCAUUUCGAUUUUAUCGCAUUGUAUUAUCUAAACUAGUAGUAGUUCGUUGUAAUGUUUUUAUAUCUGGUUAAGUGUAAAAUACAUAUUCACAAUAUUUUAAGCUGAAA